AUGGCCAAGUCUCUACGUGCUAAAUCCGAUCUUAACGCUAAAUCUAUCAAGCGUAAGGCUGUUUUCCAAAAGACAGUUGACGCUAGAGCAGAGAGACUUGCUGAGAAGUUAAAGAAUGAUCUAUUGAAGCAGAAGAUGGAGGAGCUCAAGGCCAAGAACAACGGCAUGGAAAUUGACGAAGAGACUCUACUGAAACAGGAGGAAGAGAAGCGCAAGGAGAUGGAAUCUGUGCAAAAGAAGGUGAGUACUUCUGGGUGGAGGGAUGCCAGACACCACAAUUACAAGAAGGCCAAGCUACAAAAGAAGAAGAGCAAGAAGGGAUCGUUCACCAAGUUCUAA